AUGUUUGGUUCGAAAUUAUCAGCAAUUUGUUGGGGAAUUACUGCCAUCGAACAACGCCGUGGUUUUGCAACUCUAAAAGAUAUUUCAAUUCGAUUGAAAUCUGUCCGAAAUAUCCAAAAAAUCACGAAGAGUAUGAAGAUGGUAUCUGCUGCAAAGUAUAACAAGGCAGAACGUGAGCUAAGAGGUGCUCGAGUAUACGGUGUUGGUGCCUUACAAUUCUACAAUAAUAUUGGUGCAGCAGAAUCAAAGGAUAAACUUCAAGAAGGUACUAUAACUUCGGGAGAAAAAGAAAAACGUUUAUUGGUGUUGAUUACUUCAGAUCGAGGACUUUGCGGCUCUGUACACACAGCUGUUGCAAAGGAAGCUAAACGACUACUGACAGAAAAAGCAUCAGAAGCAGAAUACAAAUUGGUACUUAUUGGUGACAAAGCUAAAGCAUCUAUGCAAAUUCUUCACGCAAAUCAGGUUCUGUUCUCAUGCAAUGAAAUUGGCCGACUGCCUCCAACUUUUGAGGAUGCUUCAGUUAUCGCUGCCAAAAUCCUGUCAUCGAAUUACAAAUUUGAUAAGGGAUUUAUAUUGUACAAUAAGUUCAGAUCUGUUGUUUCAUAUAAAACAUCUAUAAUACCAAUGUUUACUUUGGAUGCUAUUGUGAAGCAACCAACAAUGUCCAUGUAUGACUCAAUCGACGACAAUGUGCUAAACGAUUAUGCUAAUUAUUCGUUAGCUCAACUGCUAUAUUAUGCCCUGAAAGAAUCUGCUGCUUCUGAACAGAGUUCCCGAAUGACUGCCAUGGAUUCAGCAAGCAAGAAUGCUGGUGAAAUGAUUGAUAAACUGACGAUGUCGUUCAAUCGAACAAGACAGUCGGUUAUUACACGAGAACUGAUUGAAAUUAUAUCUGGAGCUGCAUGCGUUUGA